AAACAAAUUUGGUAUAGACACUGUACACUUUCUAAUGUUAACCAUUACGACGAAUUCUCAUUUAUUUUUAAUACAUUUACUGAUAUCGCUCUGUUAAAAUUAGUACAUGAAGACGUUCAUCACGGCACAUCAUCAAAUUUUCCCACCAGAAGUUGGCGAUAAAUGUGUUUAUUUUUUCCGAUAACUUCUUGAUCCCCGGACCUAUUUUACAGCAAGUUCACAGUGUUUAGCGCACAGUCUAUGCGAAUUGGCAGCCUAUUUACGUAAAUAUUUAAGCACAGGGCUUAAGAGAAACUUAGAUGAAAGUUGGAAAAAGGUUUGCAGCUGAGAUAUUGCUAGGCGUUAAAUUGGAGGUAGCCGCGUUUACAUUUUGUAAAGCUUGUUGCAAAAACAACGAAAAUAUGUCGAUACAGCAAGGAGCUUUUGCUGCGAAGAAAGUUAGAAGCAACAUGGAAAAACGUGAGCGUCAAUACUCAAAUGAUGGAAAGCUAGAGGCGUCUCAUUAUAACAGCAAAUACAUGAACAGCAUUUGGGGCAUGUAUAAUCGCUUCUCGGUGCAUAACUUAAAGAAGGUGAUGGACAGAAACAUUCAGUCUCAGUCAAAUGUCGGACAGGCUGUUAAAGGACUAGCAGCUUCUACUAAUUUGUCUGUAUCUGCAGAAAGACUGUCCUACCAACAUAUGUAAGAUUGUGAUGACUUAUUCUAUACAUUUUUAGUCAGCAGUGAUAUUAAUAUAUUAUAUACAUUUUCCCCAAUAUACACAUAAAUGAGU